GUUUAACACGUCACACAUGCUUCUUCCGGUUAAAAAAGAUUGAGCAAUCUGGAAAACUUAGAAGUUUAAUCGCACAAUUAGUUAAAACAACGGUAUAUCUAUUUGAUUUGACAAUAUAAAUCAUGCCUAAAAAGGAUAGGGGCAAAAAAAAGAAGAGUGACUUGGACGAAGAAGACGGGGAUUCAAAAUUAGAAGAGAGAAUGGCCGGUUUGGAAAUGGACGAAUCAGACGAAAAACCAAAGAAAAAGAAAGAAAAGGGCAAAUCGUCCAAGUUAAAGAAGUUAGCAGAAUUGAUGGCAGAAGAAGAAAAUGAGGAAGAUAAUGAGGAAGAAACAGAAGAGAUUCAGUUUGUGACUGUCAAAAAAGAAAAAAGAACGUCGUCAAAGAAAACCUCCCCAGUAGAGGUUGACAGGGAUGCAGCUUACUUAAGGGAACAGAAUGAAGAAGAAAAUGGAGAGGAAGAAGAGGGGGAUACUAAAGAGGAAGAAGCAAAACCAAAGUUAAGCAAGAAAGAAAUGAAGAAAUUGAAGAAAAAGAUGGAAUUUGAAGACCAGUUGAAAAGCUUAGGCUCAGAAUCAACCCUUAAUUUUACCGUGUCCCAAGCAGAAAAGUCAUCUAAAUCAGCAGUUCUGGAAAAUCAACUCGAUAUUAAGGUUGAAAACUUUUCAAUAUCAGCCAUGGGAAAAGACCUAUUUGUCAAUGCCAAUCUUUUCAUCACAGCUGGGAGACGCUAUGGUUUGGUAGGACCAAAUGGUCAUGGAAAGACAACUCUGCUGAGACACAUGGCAAACAGAGCUCUAACUAUACCUGCAAACAUUGACUUGCUUUACUGUGAACAAGAGGUCCAGGCUGACGACACAAAGGCUAUAACUGCUGUUUUACAGGCAGAUAAAAAGAGGACAGCAUUAUUGGAGGAAUUAAAAACUGUCACAGCAGAGGCAGAGAAAGGAAACACCAAAGUUGUGGACAGACUACAAGAGGUCCAUGAUGAAUUAAGAGCUAUUGGUGCCGAUGCUGCUGAACCUAAAGCAAGGAGAAUUUUGGCAGGUCUUGGUUUUACCAUUCCUAUGAUGGAACGGCCCACAAAAAGUUUGUCAGGUGGAUGGAGAAUGAGAGUCUCAUUGGCUAGGGCAUUGUUUCUGGAACCUACAUUAUUAAUGUUGGAUGAACCCACAAAUCACUUAGAUUUGAAUGCUGUUAUUUGGUUAGACAAUUACUUACAAGGUUGGAAGAAAACAUUACUGAUAGUAUCCCAUGACCAGAGCUUCUUGGAUAAUGUCUGUUCAGAUAUUAUACAUUUAGAUCAACAAAAACUAUUCUACUACAGAGGCAAUUACGCAACAUUCAAGAAAAUGUUGGUACAAAAAAGGAAAGAACAACUAAAGGCAUAUGAAAAGCAGGAAAAAAUGUUGAGAGAAAUGAAAUCAUCCGGAAAGUCAACAAAACAAGCUGAAGCCAAGCAAAAAGAGGCUUUGACAAGGAAACAACAAAAAAACAAAUCCAAAUUACAGACUGAACAGGAAGAUAAAGGACCACAAGAACUAUUGCCUCGACCUAAAGAAUAUACUGUCAAAUUUGACUUCCCUAAUCCAGCACCCCUUAGUCCGCCUGUUUUAGGACUGAUUGAUGUAGAUUUCAGUUAUGACAAAUGUGAUUUCCUAUUUAAAAAGCUUAAUUUUGGUAUUGAUAUGAAGUCAAGAGUUGCCAUAGUUGGGCCUAAUGGUGUUGGUAAAAGUACAUUCCUGAAAUUGUUAACGGGAGAUAUUGAACCAACAACAGGAGAAAUGAGGAAAAAUCACAGACUGAGAAUUGGAAAAUAUAACCAACAUUCAGCUGAUCAGUUAAAUUUAGAUGAAUCUGCAGUAGAAUAUUUACAGAGAUUGUUCAACAUUCCGUACCAGGAUGCCAGGAAAAUGUUAGGAAGAUUUGGUCUAGCAAGUCAUGCACAUACAAUCAAGAUAAGAGAUCUGUCUGGGGGUCAGAAAUCUAGAGUGGCCUUAGCUGAUUUACGAAGUAGACAACCUGAUGUACUCAUUCUGGAUGAACCUACAAAUAAUCUGGAUAUAGAAUCUAAUGAUGCUUUAGCUGAUGCUAUCAAUGCAUUUGAAGGAGGUGUUGUCAUAGUUAGUCACGACGAAAGACUGAUUCGAGAGACAGAUUGUCAAUUAUGGGUUGUAGAAGAUCAGACAUUAAAUGAAAUUGAAGGAGAUUUUGAUGAGUAUAGAAGAGAACUAUUAGAAUCACUUGGAGAAGACAUUCAUAUAGCACAACCACAGGAUGUGGAAACAGCAGACUGAUAAAUAUGUGGUGUUAUAUUGUGCAUUAUUUAUUGGUGAUCUGAGGAUAGGAGAGAAGGCUAUUCAUCUUCUAGUAAAAGUUCAACGAUAUUCUUUCUCAGCAUCUGUAAUUUUAAGUACUUUUUUAGUGACAGGAAAACUUUAAUUUAUAUCUUGUUUUAAAUAUAGAAAAAUCAUAUACAAGGGUUCAGAUCUAGAUGAUGUUUACCUAUUGUUUUGUCCAUUUUAUAAGUUUAUUUCAAGUUUAUUAGUCACCAAAAAGCAUGGACUUAUGAACAAAAACAAACUUGCUGGACUGCUAUAGUUUUCUCAACAGUUUCAAAAACACCUGUACAUAACAGUGGUAAACCUGUCUUGAAAAAUAUCAUAAGAUCUUAUUCAACAACUGCUAUAAGCUAUGCCUGUACGAAUGUGGACUUAAACAAAGAAUUUUGCUCUAGUAAAAAAAUUAAAAACCUA